AUGGAUCUGUUCCGGGUCUGCACCUUUCUCUUCACACUGAUGUUGUCCAGGGGCAGCUCUUCAGACACAGAGAAACAGAGCAUAGACUCUGGGUUGGAAAUCUAUAAGAAGCUGUUUGAGGUGAAGCGCAAGGACCAGAUGAACGCGCUGAAGAACCUGAUUGAGCUCAACGACGUGAACCAACAAUAUAAAAUCAUCGACAUCAUGCUCAAGGGACUCUUCAAAGUGCUGGAGGACUCCCGGGCGGUCCUUAUAGCCGCAGAUGUGCCUCCAGAUGGGCCCUUCCCUCAGGACGAGAAGCUAAAGGAUGCCUAUUCCCACGUGGUGGAGAACACGGCUUUCUUUGGAGACGUGGUUCUGCGUUUCCCCAAAAUCGUCCACCAUUACUUUGACCGCAACUCCAACUGGAACAACCUGGUCCGCUGGGGCAUCAGCUUCUGCAACCAGACAGGCGUGUUCGAUCAGGGACCUCACUCCCAAGUGCUCGGACUGAUGGCUCAGGAGCUGGGAAUUAGUGAGAAAUCUCCGGAUUACCAGAAUCCCUUUAAAACCGACCAUUCUGAGUUUUUCCCCAGUGCAGACACGUUCCAGAAGGCCCUGCGAGAGGAGGAGAAACGGAGAAAGAAAGAAGAGAAACGGAAGGAGAUCCGCAAGGGGCCCCGCAUCUCGCGCUCGCAGUCAGAGUUAUAG